CGCGAGGAGACCGCCCCCCUCGCGGCUCAAACCCCGAACGCGUCCGCGCUGUCAGCCACUCAGGGGUUAACGUGGGAGUCGGCAGCGGUCGCUCCUCUCCGUCCACGGUUCGGUGGAAAGACGCCUGACUCGGUUCUGCCCCGAAGCCCAAGUUUGAGCUCGCGCCGGAGCCGCGGAGGCGUCGCGGGAACAAAAGAGCCCAGCGUCCACGGCAGCGUGUCAGCAUCUCCGCGCGCGCACACGCCCGCCACGGCACUUUCAUCCACGCGCCGACGAAGCCUACAGGUAGUUACGUGGAAACCCUCCAAUUAAGCUCGAGCAGGCGAACGACGGGAGCAGCAUGUGUGGGUGUUAGGAGUCACCUGCUCCGUUGACCUCCUCUGAUCCGCCGUCUUGAACGCCCCCCCCCCCCCCUCCACGACCGUCCACUUGUGCUCCGCGCCAUGUCCGCAGAGGUGGAGAGCGGCGCCGCCGACCCGGCCGCCCCCGGCCCCUCCCCCCCGGCCGCCACCUCCACCACCCCCCCGGCCUCCCCCGCCACGGCCGCGUCCAGGGUGCCGUUCAAGAAGGAGAAGAAGAAACCUUCGGAGAAGACGGACGAGUACCUGCUGAGCAGGUUUCAAGGGGACGGCGUGCGGUACAAGGCGAAGCUGAUCGGCAUCGAUGACGUCCCGGAGGCCCGGGGGGACAAGAUGUGCCAGGACUCCAUGAUGAAACUCAAGGGUAUGGCCGUGGCCGCUCGGUCCCAGGGCAAACACAAGCAGAGGAUCUGGGUCAACAUCUCCAUGUCCGGCAUCAAGGUCAUCGAUGAGAAAUCGGGAGUCAUCGAGCACGAGCACGCGGUGAACAAGAUCUCCUUCAUCGCCAGAGACGUGACCGACAACAGGGCGUUCGGGUACGUGUGCGGCGCCGAGGGCCAGCACCAGUUCUUCGCCAUCAAGACCGCGCAGCAGGCGGAGCCGCUGGUGGUCGACCUCAAGGACCUGUUCCAGGUCAUCUUCAACAUGAGGAGCAAGGAGGCGGAGGCGUCGCGGAAGCCGGAAAAUGGCGGCACUGUGGUUGAGAAUGGAAAUGAUGCCUUGCUGAGUGUGGACGGUGAAGUAAAACCUGCCCAACAGCCGGUGGAGCAGCUCGAUCUUUUUGGAGCCAUGUCAACCCCCCCAGACAUCCAGGCUCCAAACGACUCUAAUGAUAUUCUCUUGCUGGACUUUUCUGCUGAAGUUGACAGCAAUCAAAAUUGCAUAAAGGGAAAGUCCUUUAUAUCUUCCGGUCUACUUACGCCAUCUCCGCACACAGAGAAUCCUUUUUCCUCCACAUUUGGUUACUUUCCAACCCCAGACAGUGACCCUUUCAAAGACGACCCCCUUUCCAAAUCUCCCACUCGGCCAGACACCGGUCAUUCACAGCUCGUCCUCUACGCAAACGACCUGCACAGCCCUGCUGAUUGCACUAGUAAUACAAUUAUCAAUGGAUGUUUGAAUGGAGACUCUGAACACCUGAGUCAAAAGGCGAACGAGUUAACGAGCAAGACCAUGAUUCUCGCUCUCAGUAACGGACAGUGGCCACUAGGGGGCAAAAUAACUCAGGGCCGGACGAUUACCCUGAUGGACGGCAAUGAUUCCGGACAAGGCCUCUCGGCCAGUAACCCAUUUUUUGACUUGCCCUCGAAAGCCCCUCCGCUCACUAACGGCGUAACUCAACACCCGCAAUCCGCCCUGACUCCUAGCAAGGACUCAGUCGUGCUAAACCCCCCUCCGCAGAGCGCAAAGGCCGGACGAGGUCGAAGGAGCACAAAGUCCACAGCGAGUGACCUGUUUGGAGCAGAGCUGUUUGCUGCCCCUGGUAACUCAGAGGGGUCACCUGCUCCAAAUGACUUUUUUAACAGUGCAGCUGUUGCCCCGGCUCCCUCCUCGAUAGCAGCUCUGGGGAAUCUUCAGCUAGGCCCUCCUGCUGCCACAAGUGUCCCUGCUGCAGGCAUGUGGGGAGCCUCCACCGCGGCGCCCUCCAUGUUCCCCAUGCCCGGAGUGACGGCUCCGGUCCCUCGGCCCGCUUUCCCGCAGCCGUCUGCCUUUGGCGCCCCUCCCAUGCCACCGGCAGCCUGGGGCCAGCACAUGCCGUCUCAGUACGGCGUCCCGCCGCAUGCGUGGAGCCAGGGCCCGCUCGCCCCCCCGGGCUGGGGUCCGCCCGCGUCCACCAACCCCUUCCACCCCGCCUCGUUCCCCGUGAUGGGCGACCAGCAGGGCCCGUCCCGCCCGCCUCCCAGGCCUCCUGCUAAAGAGGCCCCUCCGAAGGUGGAGAACAGCGCGUUUACAUCUUUGGAUCCCCUCGGCGAUAGAGAGAAGAAAACCGGAAAGGACAUGUUCAAGGACUUCCAGAUUGCCAAGCCCCCUGCCAUACCAGCGAGGAAAGGGGAGGUACCCAACGCUGCUCCAGCCCCCGGCAGCGGCGAGGCCGGGUCGUUUGAUGAGUACUUUUCUAGCAAAGUGGGUGUGGCUCAGGAUGCUGCCGAUCACGACGACUUUGAUAUCCAUCAGAUGUCAGGAGCUGUUAAUGAUGUCCAUAAACCCAAUCCUCUGCCAGCUCCAGCUCCCAGCGUUGCCCCCGGCCUCCUGGAUGCUGCCUUCUCUUCUACUCCCAUCGCAAUCACUCCAGCACCAGCCCAGGGGCCAGGCCUCGGUCAGGACAUGUUUGAUAAAGCUUUUGGUGCCAUGGACUCGAGUCCAUUUGGAAUGCCUCCCGUACCCAUGCAAGCGGCUCCUGUCACUCAAAGCUGUGCUUCAACAUCUGCUUUUGGGGAUGCUUUUGGAAAUCCAUUUGCUUGACCAAUCCAGAUCUGGAAUGAAGUAAGUGCAGCGAAGGGAGAUCCUCCCACGAAUUAAGGUCUUUGGCACGAGCUGCUACAACACGCGAAAGACAAUCUAAAUCAUAAACUCUUCCGAGUUUUGACCCUGAACCCGUCCUUCUAUAAAACCUCUAAUCUUUUUUUCUGUCAAAUCAGUAGUUCCUUUAUUUCUGAAAGACCACUGAUCUGAGAAGUAAAUGUUAUGUCAUGAUCUGCUGAAGAUGUGUGAGAGAAGGCGUGUCCAAAGAGGAUUGUUGCUGAUGGUGUGUGCAUUAAAGAAAUAAAAUAAUUCAUUUAUAAUUCUGCAAA